AUGAUAAGAAGGGUUUUGAAUAAGCUUAAUAUGUCUCGACCGAAGAUCAUUGUAAUUGCUGGCACCACCGGCGUAGGAAAAUCACAGUUGUCUGUUCAAAUUGCAUCUCAUGUCUCUGGCGAAAUUAUAAACUCAGAUUCCAUGCAAGUCUACAAAGACCUUCCUAUCAUUACCAACAAGCACCCUAUAGCGGAUCGCAACGGGAUUCCACAUCACCUCAUGAACCAUGUGGCUUGGAAUGAUGAGUAUUAUCUUCACCGAUUUGAAAAAGAGUGUCUAAGUGCUAUCGAGGAUAUACACUCACGAGGCAAAGUUCCCAUCAUAGUAGGAGGCACGCACUACUACCUUCAAAUUUUACUCAACAAACGAAUAGAGGAGAAACACAGAGUAGUGACGCCCGAGGAGCAAGCCCUUUUGGAUGAAGGAGAUCCCGAAAAGGUGUAUGCCAUGCUACAGCGUUUGGAUCCGGCGAUUGCAAGUAAGUAUCACCCCAACGACACUCGCAGAGUUCACAGAAUGCUCGAAAUAUACUACACAACAGGCAAAAAACCCAGCAAUGCUUUCGCAGAACAGCAAAAUACCCUGAAAUUUGAUACGCUGUUUUUUUGGAUCUAUAGCACACCUGAAAAGCUCGACAGUAGGCUCGACAAAAGAGUCGACGACAUGAUGGAAAGUGGCGCACUCGAUGAGAUACGAUCGCUUUAUAAAAAAUACAAAAGUGACAACUUCACUCCAGAACAAUGUGAAAACGGUAUAUGGCAAGUAAUAGGAUUCAAAGAGUUUCUACCUUGGCUGGAAUAUGAGUCCGGUGCAUCGUUCGAGUCAUCGGUAGAUAAAAUGAAAAUAAGAACUCGCCAGUACGCCAAACGGCAGGUCAAAUGGAUCAGAAAGAUGUUGUUACCUGACGUGAAAGAUCAUUUAUACAUGCUUGAUGCCACAAAUCUCGAGCAGUGGGAUCAGAAUGUGUCAGAAAAAGCGAUUUCAAUCACUGAUAGCUUUCUUGACUCGCUAGAAAUACAGGAAAAGCAUGCACCACCUGCUCUCGAAUCGUUGCUAACUAACAGCACUUUAGGCGACAAUAGUCCCAAGUUGGAAAAUGAUUGGAGUCGUUACGUGUGUGAGGCGUGUCGUGACAAAGAGAAUAAGCCCUUGAUCGCUAUUGGAGCAAAGAACUGGAAAACCCACUUGAACAGCAGGCGUCACCGGACGAACUUGUCGCGCGCCAAAAAGCUGGAAAACCAUGAAAUGUGGAAAAAAAGGAAAACAGAGUCCGUUGAAUAA